AUGUUGCUCGUAUACGUUUCUCAACAAGGUACGAUUUGCUAUGGACUCUUUAUUUUUAUCAUCGGUGUAGUGGGUAAUGCAAUAAAUAUUUUUAUCUUUGGGAGUGUUCACAAGUAUCGUACAACAGUAUCCACAUUCUAUUAUCUUAUUGGUUCAAUUGUAAACUUUAUUUUAAUGUUUACUAAUGUAGGUAUGCGCAUUAUAUAUGAUGGAUUUGUUUUUGAGCCAGGUAGUAAUUCAAAUGCCGUGUGUAAAAUCAGACGAUUUUGCAAUAUUACAUUCGGUAUGAUGUCGCUAUGUUUCUCAUGUUUGGCAACAAUUGAUCAAUAUUUUGCUACAUCACCAAAUGUUCGUAUACGUAAUUGUAGUAAUAUUAAAUGGGCCCAUCGUAUUACAAUUAUUGUUAUUAUCAUUUGUUGUUUACAUGGUAUUCCUUACCUUAUCUUUGCUAAUCUUUCACCAGUCACCGGUGUUUGUCGAUAUAUAGAUGCUAUCUUCGAAGUUUACGUACCACUAUUCAUUGUGAUUGUGCUCGUCAUUAUAGUUGGCAUNUCCUAUAGUCCAGACGUUGCCCCAUCUGACUACGGUCUUUUCCGAUCAAUGCAGCACUUUAUGAAAGGUCGCCGAUUUGACUCAUUCGACGACGUUGAAGAAGCAUGUGAAGACUUUUUCAAUUCAAAGUCGAAGGAGUGGUACUUUGACCAAAUCCGAAAGCUUGCAGAUCGUUGGCAGAAGGUCGUGGACAAUGAUGGUCUUUAUUUUGAAGAAUAG